GGCUAUCUGCUGGGGAAUUUCGUCUCGGAGCGCAAAUAUCAAAUGCGACUGAAUAAAGCAGGUGGCAAAGGAGCUGGACCGCCACACACUAUAGACAUUUCCAGUGAUGACUAUGCAAAGCUUAAAGAAAUCAAUGCUUAUCAAAAGAACAAAGAUAAAUUAUUAAGCUCAGCGCAAGCGUUGAGUAAACUUGUGCAACGUGAUCAAAGCAAUCCGGCGAGUUCCAUUAAUUCGGAUAUAUUCAACAAAUACAUAUCUUGCACGCAGGACAUUCCGCCCAGCACCACUAUGGAGUCUAGCCUAUUUAUUGAACAGUUAGUGGAUAAUACGGCGGCAAGGCAACGUGAUUGUCUGCGUGUAAUACAACUGAUUAUUGAUAACCAUAUGACUGGUGGAGCGAACUGAAGGGGGCCAGAGAAGAAGUGCUAAUUUUAAAUUUAAGGGAAAAGAGUUAACGACCAAGCAAAACUGAGCGUAUGUAAAUACAUGUGAAUGUGUGUUAAAACGUUGAUGAAAUGAGGUAAUAUUGGUGCGGACUAUGGAAAGAAAGUGGCUGAUUAAGAUUUUAUAGACAUUCAUAAGUAUAAACAUAUAAGUACAUAUAGUAAUAUUUGUCAUAGUGGGCCAAAUACUUUUUUAUAUUGUCUAUGUACUAUAUUAUUUUUGUAAAGAUUUUUUCUAAGCAUAUACUAGGCGUACAUACAUACGUAGAUACACUUGCAUAUACUUAUGUUUUAGAAGAUUACAUACGAGAUAAACAGUCCAGUCAUAUUGGCAAGCCGAAUAAUUCUUAUUGUAUAUUUAUGUAUGUAGAUAGUUGGCAGUGCUCCCCAAGGAGUGCUAGAGCAUAUGAAUGCAGUACCAGUAGGAAAAUAAAAGAGGCUUUUUAUGGCAGUAAAAUGUGGUUCUAAAUACAUAAUAUGUAUAAAUUAACUUGAAGAAUUUCAACUCACACAAGCAUAUACAUACUCGUAUGUAGGUAUGUAUACACACACUCAAUAUAAAUUACAUAAUUAUACAGAAAAUCAUUUAUUAUUAUCAUCGAGAUCUAACAAAAAAAGAAGUAGAAACAUUUAGCAAAGGAAACCGCAAGUAAAUACAAACUCGAACAAUGCAAAUGUAUGUAAAUUUUUUUUUAUAUCAUUCUUGAAUGUGCUCAAUGUUUACUCAAAAGAAUAAAUACACGAACAUACUAUUUUUUGUGUAUAUUCUUGUAAUGACAACAGAAAAAAUACAUUCAUACAUACAUAAAUAUACGCAGCCUAAAGCACGCUGUUGCUCGAACUUAAACACAUACAUAAAAUAGAAUUAAUAUUUAAAAAGGAAUGUGGAUUUAACAGGGAAUGAAAAUUUAAAAGCUUAUAUGUACAUAACUGUGUGCGUACUUAAAUUCAUGUGCACACAAAAUACAUGUAAAAGAAUUUUUUAUUUUAGUUAACAACAUCCUAAAAUCCCCUUGGCGCUGACACUGAAUAAAAUUGUUAUUUAUUUAAGAUGUACUGAAUUUUAUACAUGUGCAAUAUAAAUACAAAAAACAACAACAACACGUCGAUGUACUUAACAUAAUUUGAACCAAAAAGAAAAAAGAAUGCUUUAAGGCUGUAAAAUGAAUAAAAUAUGAAAUAUAGAUGUGAAAAAAUAA